UUGUCAGCCAGUGGACUAGUCGUUUGAUUCAGUUGGCUUAGCGCGACGAAGUGGUGAAGAAUGUGUACUUGUAGCUCAUAAGUUCAUAUAUGUAUAUAGACAUAAUAUACUUAUACAUUGAAUCCAGUAAUUCAAUUCCUUACUUGAGUCGUCACAGUCGUCCUCACGUCUCAGGACGAGGACCACAGGCAGUAAAAAAAAUUUACAUAAGUAAUUAAAUUAAAUUCAAAUAAAAUCUUAUUUUCGCGACUUACUAUUUUUUUUAAAUAGGAUAAAUAUCCUAUUUAAUUUAAAUUAAUUAUUCAGUGCCGCUUUGUGUCGUAUUUAUUUAUUUUUUCAUAUAGAUUUUGAUAAUGUCUGUUUUUAUUUUGUAAAAAAUAUUACAUACUUGUUGAGAUUAUUUUGUGCAAGUUAACGUAACACGACCACCAGGGGAGAGUAUCAAGAUUAAAACGCACUUGUUGACGCCGCUAUUUUUUUCGAUAAGUAACAAAGGAACAACGGAAAUGCCGAGUCUUCUCCAGCAGCUGGCGAUGUCCUUUGAUGCUGAAAACAACAAUGCAGCUGAUGGGUUAACAGUAUCCGAGUCUAGUUUGUCAUGUGAACCAGUUCAAAAUCACCAACUGCAACAUGAUCAGUACGAUCAUGAAUUUCUGCAGCCACAGCAGCACCAACGUGACUACGAAGGGCUUCAACUUCCUCAAGUAGAAAUCAAACGUCAACAACAUGAUCUUCAGGAACGAGACCAAUAUGAAAGGGAACAGAAUUCUAUUUAUCAAAUUCGUCCACCCCAGAGAGAAUCACUGCUGCAGCGUCGCGAACGUGACCGAGAUUCCUUUCAAUUGCAUCAGCAACAGCAGCAACCAGAGAGAUCUGAAUCACGAAUUGAUCAGUACCGGGACAACCUUCACCAGCCGCUUAAAGCACUCGGAAGUUUGUUGCUGGAUGUGCCAACUCCUACGGGGCCAUUCCAUACCCGUAAAGACACGUCUUAUGAUCAGACUUCGGACUCAAAUCUUGAAGAAGACAUGUCUAUUUCCGACUUGUUUGGACUCGGAUUGCCUAGAGGAUCGUUGAUGGGCAGUCAAUCGUCAAUAAACUCGCCGGGAUAUCGACAUCGCCAGCAACAGCAACAGCACUCGCAAAAUCAUGAACAGAGUAAUCCCUCACGUCCUUACAAUAAAUACCAGAGUUACGAUGAAGACCGUGGAUACUUCACAUCAUCACCAAGUAUCGAUAUGCCGAAUACACCGAAUUCCAUGACUACGCCUGGAAGUCCUGGCACACCAACUAGUGUCUACUCUUCAGCUUACAGUUAUUCAACGAGUGCUAAUAGCAGUUCAUACUUGACAUCAUCACCGCUAUCAGCGCGUUCAGGUUAUCAGUCGUAUGUUGGCUCGCCUACGUCAUCGAUUCACACACCGCCUUACUAUGGAAGGCCUAUUCGUGGAUCUUCGCCAUACAGUGACUGCAGCAGCCCUUCAAUGGAAUAUCCCCAUGUAAUAAGUUACAAUGGAUCACGAUCUACCUCACCGUCAGACUCAGAUCUCAGCGGUAUCAGCAGCAUGGAGGGUUCACUGUCAGACAUAAUGACUUGUCUGUCAUUAAACUCAUCCACGCCGCACUCAUGCUAUCCACAUGGUACAAUAAAUUCUGGCAUCGUUGAUAUAUGUCAAAAUAACCGUGCGACUGCUCUUCAACGUAUGGCAAUGAAGAAGUAUCUCGCUUCAGCUCAUUCUCAUCGCGACCAGGCACUUCGUCAUCAUCAUUGCUGCAGUACUGCUGGUAAUCACAUGGUACCAAUUAGCUCACCUGUUGGACUUAACGAACCACACGUUUCUUUGGACCGCGCUGCCAGGUUCCAUCGCAAUGCUGCUGCGCUCUCCAAAGCAACUUACACUUGGAGCGGGGUUCUUCCUCCACGUUCAUCAAAACCCACUGGCUAUUCCUCGAAAGUUUUUCUCGGUGGAUUGCCUUGGGAUGUCACUGAGUCCAUUCUUGUAGCGACCUUCAAACAAUUUGGACCAAUCAAAGUCGAAUGGCCGAAAAAAGACCAUCCUUCUGCACCGGAACCUAAAGGAUUUGGAUACAUCAUAUUCGAGUCUGAAAAAGAGGUGCGAGCUUUGUUGUCAUGCUGUACCCAAGACUUUAAAAAUGGAGCUCGUUUGCUGUACAAAGUAUCCUCGAAACGCAUCAAAGGUAAAGAUGUCCAGGUCAUUCCAUGGGGUCUCAAUGACAGCAACUACUCGAAAUCCUCAUCGCAGAAAUUGGAUCCGGACAAAACAGUAUUUGUUGGUGCGCUCCACGGUAUGGUAACUGCUGAAGGACUCGCUACGAUUAUGAACGAUAUGUUUGAUGAAGUAAUUUAUGUUGGUAUUGACACAGAUAAACAUAAAUAUCCAAUUGGAUCAGCCCGCCUUACAUUUAGCAGUAAACGGUCAUACAGAAAAGCCGUUGCUGCAGCAUUCAUUGAAAUAAAGACCGCCAAGUUUAGAAAAGUCGUUCAAAUUGACCCGUAUCUUGAAGACUCAGUGUGCUCUGGCUGCUAUGUUCAACAAGGACCUUACUUCUGUCGCGAGCAGGUUUGCUUUAGAUACUUCUGCCGCAAUUGCUGGAUCUGGCAGCACUCAAUGGAGUCAAUGCGUCUUCACAAACCCUUGACACGCAUCUCAAAGACAAAUCAAGUUGUUGGACUGACUCCCGGUUUAGGAUUAAACUCCGUCUCUCGUACACCUGGUUCUGUUAUUUAAA